AUUUUAGUGAGCAACGCUAACAGACGCGUCACGCGAAUUUUGCUAACGAUAUUUCCAACAUCAACGAAACCGACACCGACAGCGACAACGACGCGUUCGUGUUCCACAUGUGUUAGUGUUUACCAUUUGGUGGUUAGUGAGAGUGUUAAGUUUAACGGUACUUGGGUUCAAUAUCAUAUGCCUGGCCAUAAGUGCGGCCGUGUCAUAGAGAAGCAGUUAACAUCGCCCGACUGAAAGUAUGCAACUCCCAAUUUCCCACUUCGCGGGCGACGUCAACGGGAGGCUGUUGCAGCUCGCCUUCUGUUACGCAAUGGAAAAUUUAUUUUUCCACUCAGCCAAGGGCUGAACAAAUUGUUUUGCGUAAAUAUUUAACAGUCGCAAUGAAUUGCAUUGCCAGCAACUGAAAGUAAAAGCCCAGAUAAAGAAUACAUUUGUAUGUAUAAAGAACAAACAGAUAAAGCAUUGACCAAAGCGAAGCAAAAAGAGACAGCGAUAGAGAUAGAGAUAGAAUAAAGCGACAAAAAAAAAAGCGUAUACAAAUAAAAAUGAAAAUUAAAAUAUUUCCGCUGACAGCGGAUGCAACAUUGGAGCAGCGACGGCGCCGCGUAAUGAAAUUGCAACGGAAACAUAAAAUGCCGGAAAUAUGCUCAUGGCUAAUUGUUGCCGCUGCCGCCGCCUCGGCCACUUGGUUGACCCUAUCGAAGUCCGUGGCCUCCGCCCAGGAUGACGACGAUAGCGAGAUGCAUCAGCAUCAUAUGGAUUUACUGCAUCAUCAGCAACAACAUACGGAUUUCAUUAUUGGAGAAUCUGAGGAACGCGAUCACAUAGCUCAUCAUCUGGCGGAAAUGCAAAAUCACGAGGAACUUGAGGACAUACGCGAGGAUACGGCUGUCAAUGCGAUACCAGACAAAGAUUUGCCCAAAUUUGGGGAACUUUUGCAGAAUGUCACCAUACCCGUGGAUCGAGAGGCUGUUCUUCAGUGUGUUGUCGACAAUCUGCAGACGUAUAAGAUUGCGUGGCUACGUGUCGAUACACAGACCAUUUUAACGAUACAAAAUCACGUCAUAACCAAAAAUCAUCGCAUGAGCAUAACUCACGCCGAGAAGCGUGCUUGGAUCCUGCGUAUACGUGAUGUCAAGGAGUCGGACAAGGGCUGGUACAUGUGCCAAAUAAACACGGAUCCUAUGAAGAGUCAAGUUGGCUAUCUGGAUGUUGUCGUGCCACCAGACAUACUGGACUACCCCACCAGCACGGAUAUGGUCAUACGCGAGGGCUCAAACGUUACCCUGAAAUGUGCAGCGACCGGCUCACCAACGCCGACGAUAACCUGGCGACGCGAAGGUGGCGAACUGAUACCAUUGCCGAAUGGGGCCGAGGCCAUCGCAUACAAUGGCUCGUUUCUGACCAUUGCCAAAGUGAAUCGCUUGAAUAUGGGCGCCUAUCUCUGCAUUGCCUCCAAUGGCAUCCCGCCAACAGUCAGCAAGCGUGUCAUGCUCAUUGUGCAUUUUCCGCCAAUGAUUUGGAUACAAAAUCAAUUAGUUGGCGCAGCUCUGGCUCAAAACAUUUCCCUGGAAUGCCAAUCGGAGGCGUAUCCCAAGUCUAUUAAUUACUGGAUGAAGAAUGAUACAAUUAUAGUGCCGGGUGAACGCUUCGUACCCGAAACCUUUGAAUCUGGCUAUAAAAUAACAAUGCGCCUGACCAUCUACGACGUUGACAUUUCGGACUUUGGGGCGUAUCGUUGUGUGGCCAAGAACUCACUGGGCGACACAGAUGGUGCGAUCAAAUUGUAUCAUAUUCCGCAAACAACAACGAUAACAACAAUGGCGCCCACUGUAUCGAUAAAUACAGUGCCUGUGGUUAUCGUCAAGUACAAUAAAGAGCAACGAUAUAGCAGCAACAGCAAUUUGAAUAGCAAUAAUCCCCACAACCACAAUAAUCAGCAAAGCAAUAAUAAAUCGCAACGCACCAAAGCCAAGACAAUUGAUCAGCCGCCUUCGUCCUUGAACACGGUUUAUAUGGGUGCCACAUCGAGCUUAUGGAACUCGCAGGAUCAUCACUCGCAAGCCACAGGGCGUGGUCGAGAUCAACAACAGCAGCAACAGCAGCAUCAAUCGCCGCAGCAUCAUGCGCCCGACCACAGCGCCACCUACCGGGCAGAUAACAAGAAUACAGCACUCAAGCAUGAUGCCAAAUUGCUAACUGAUGAUAUGGAUCGCAUGCAGGAUCUCAAGAGCCGAGCCAUGUCCCAUCUAACAUUUCCCCAAUUGAUAUCAACCUCAGCGGUAGCCUUGGUCCUAAACUAUCUGGGUGCGUGGCAGGAUUAAUUACAUACGAAAUAUUAGUGUUAUUUGUACAAAUGUAACUGCGAAAAUCAAAGGAUAAUUCUACUAAGCAUGUAGCUAGUUUGUAAGCAAUAAUUUCACACAUCGACUUGGCCGCAGAAUAAAUAAAUAAAAUGUUGGUUUUUAAUUGAGAUACGUGUAAAAAGUUGUUUGUUGCUAAGAGUUCACAUAGCACGUAAGUUGAAAAGGGUUUUCGGAUUCUGUCCACAUUCAUACAUACACAAGAAGAUAUACACAAGUUCUGAAAGAUACAACGGAAAUACAAAGUAUUAGCAUGUAAAACACAAA